AAAAAUCAUAAAACUCCCCACAACGCAGCAAGAAAAAGAAUACAAGUUUUAUCAUCACAGUGACCGCAGAGGAUUUUUCUCCAUAGCUAUCUCUACCUAUUGGUCCUUCAACACUAUUUUCAGAUUCAUAUGACUUGGUCUUAUUCUUCCUUCAACUAACUACCAUCUUGUUUGCCACCAUUUUCUCCAAUCUUGCAAAAACCCCAUCUCAUAUUUUUCAGAUUUUUGUGUUUUGAUCUAGAUUUUGAUGUUUUUUGAAGAAGGUGAACACAACCCAUACACUCUUUUUGUCCUUUCAAUUCAAGAUUCACUUUUUCAAUUCUGUGUAAAGAUUGAGUUUUUUUUUUUUAUUGGCCUUUUGAUUCAAGAUUCACUUUUCAAUUCUUGAAUUUUUUUUGUUGGGGUGAAGAUUGAGUUUUUUCAAGAAAAUGAUCACCAAUUUCAUCACCCUUUUCUUUAUAUGUGUGUUUUUCCUCUUUACCUUGUCUGUCAUUUGCCAAGAUUCUGAUAUUGAAACUGAUUGUACGAAUAGAUGGAUCCAUAUAAGACGUCUACCACCUCAGUUUAAUCUUGAUCUUUUAUCAAAUUGUUCUGAAUAUCCUUUGUUUGACAAUUUCUGUCCUUAUUUAGCUAAUCAUGGUUUUGGUAAAAAGACUCAUAAUAAAUCUCAUAGUUGGUAUCGUACUGACCCUUUUAUGCUUGAACUUAUUUUCCAUCGUAGGAUGCUUGAAUACCCUUGUUUAACAUCUGAUCCUAGUCUUGCUAAUGCUAUUUAUGUUCCUUAUUAUGGUGGUCUUGAUAGUCUUAGGUUCUUGUAUGGUCCUGAAGUUAAUUCAAGUUAUCAGCAUGGUUUGGAUUUGUAUGAGUAUUUGGUACAUGGUGAUUUGCCUGAUGUUUGGAGUAGACAUUAUGGUCAUGAUCAUUUUAUGGUUAUGGCUAGGCCUGCUUGGGAUUUUAGUCAACCCUUGAAUAGUGAUCCUCUGUAUUUUGGUACAUCAUUUCUUGAAUUGCCUGAGUUUUACAAUGUUACUGCAUUGACACUUGAAGGUAGAGCUUAUCCUUGGCAAGAACAAGCUAUUCCGUAUCCUACUUCAUUUCAUCCGCCGAAUUUAGCAUUUUUCGAGUCUUGGGUGAAUAGGGUAAGGAGGUCUAGGAGGACUGCAUUGAUGUUGUUUGCUGGUGGUGGUGGAAUUUCAGCCAAUCCUAAUGUUAGGAGAAGUAUUAGACUUGAGUGUGACAAUGUGACAAGUUUGAGUGCUAAUGGCACGGGGUACGAUAAAUUGUGCGACUUUGUUGAUUGUUCUAAUGGGGUUUGUCAACAUGAUCCUAUAAGGUUUAUGAAGCCAAUGUUGCAAGCUAGCUUUUGUUUGCAGCCUCCAGGGGAUACUCCAACAAGACGAUCCACGUUCGAUGGGAUUCUUGCAGGGUGCAUUCCUGUGUUCUUUGAAGAUUUGUCCGCGAAAAAGCAGUAUGGAUGGCAUUUGCCAGAGGAGAAGUAUGAAGAAUUUUCAGUGUUUAUAAGUAAAGAAGAUGUUGUGUUUAAGGGGUUGAGCAUUGUAGAUGUUUUAACAAGUAUACCACGAUCUCAAGUUAGGAGGAUGAGAGAAAAAGUUCUGGAAAUGAUGCCUAGAGUGAUGUAUAUAAAGCAUGGAAGUUCAUUGGGUUUGAGGACUAAAAAGGAUGCCUUUGAUAUUGCAGUAGAAUGUACUUUGGAAAGAAUCAAGUCUAGGCUUCAAGAAAUAGCAGCUCAAUAAUUAUUUAUCGACCGUGUUCUGUUCUAUCUCUUCGUGCUCUUGUUCAUCUGUUAUUACUAUUAUUUACGACACACCAAAUGGUGUAGAGAUAGUUUUAUAUUCCAUAGUUCCACUGAUAAUGAAUCAAUGUAUAGGCAAUCAAUAGUUUGUACAAGUAGUUGGAGCAUUUGUUUAGUAGUUGCCUGUCUUACGACUUUUGUUGCUCCUUCUCGUUGUUUAAUGUGCUUCAGCUAUCACGUUAUUUGGUUA